AUGGUGAGUCUUACUCGAAACAUGAAUUAUCAAAUAGAUACUUUUGAGGAUUAUGAAGAUCUGCGAAUUGUAGUUGGAAAUGGAACUGCUACAGGAAAAUACUCGAUGGGACUAGGAGAUGACACUGAUAUAAGAACAUUAGAGGUGGAAGGAAAUCGAAGUACUAAUUUGUUAGAUGAUUACAUGUUUGAUUACAAUACUAGUGAAUUCGUGCAAAGUGAUAGACAAGAAUCAUCAUACGAUCCUUCAUUUUUUGAGGAGUUUGCUCCACCAUUACCAUCUCAACCCAUAAGUUCAAAAGUUCCUCCAACCACUAGAAAACGAGAUAGGAUUGUGCUUGAAGGAAAAUCAAGUACAUUCAUGAAUACUAAUGCAGAUGUUAUGUAUAGACUCUCUCACACUCUUAAGAAGGUGGCUUCUAAAAUAGAAUCAAUAGGGAAUGUAGGUGAAGGCUGUUGGGAUGCUAUCAAGGAGGUCCCAAACUUGGAUCAUCGUACUCGAUACAAAGUAUUUGAUUUGCUUAAUACCCAAUCAAAGAAUAUCGAUUUCUUGAAAAUGACCAUUGAAGAGCGUUCACAAUGGAUAGACUAUAAAUUGAAUGAAUGA